AUGAUCCCAUUAGCUGUAGUGGUCGCUGUUUUGUUUGUGUUGUUGUGGAGAUACAUCAGCAAAUACCUCGGCUACAGAGCUUUGUUCAAUAGUCUGACUGGAGAGCCUUCGUUCAGCUACUUGUUAGGAAGCCUCCACAAGUACCCUGGGCCCAACGAAGAAGGAAUUGAAUACGAUUUCGCCAUGUCGAAGAAGUUCAAGUACAUGCAUAAUAUGUGGAUGGGCCCACUGAAGCCGCUACUUAUGUUGUACCACCCCGACUCCAUACGUCCGGUCUUGAAAUCUUCAGCUCCGAAGCCACGAGGGGGAUUACUUUCCACGGCAUACGACAUGGGCUCCCGGUGGCUCGGUGAAGGACUGCUCAACUCCAACGGGCCGCGCUGGGUCCGCAACCGGCGACUUCUGACGCCUGCCUUCCAUUUUGACAUCUUGAAAUCUUACAUCGACGUUUACAACGAGUGCUCCAAUAUUCUUGUGAGCCAAAUAAAGAAGUUGAGUUCCGGAGGUCAGUCCUUUGACCUGUUUGAGCCUGUCGGAUUGUGUGCCCUUGAUGUAAUUCAAAGAUGUGCCUUCUCUUACCAUUCUGACUGCCAGACCAAAGGAGAGAAUGAGUAUGAAUUGGCCAUGUCGGAGCUCAUGGGGCUAUGGAUCAAUAGAAACUUCACACCCAAGCACUUUCUAGAAUGGGUUUACAGUAGAUCUCCUGAAGGCAAAAGGUUCUACCAUCUGUGUGACGUGGUGCAUGCAGUCUCUGAAGACAUCAUCGACAAGAGACGCAAACAUCUAGAAAGCGGCGAUGCGACGACGAAAAAUGGGCCAAAGAAAAUCAAAGACUUUCUGGACACACUUCUGACUGCAGUUGAUGAGGAUGGUGUCGGGUUGUCUCCGCUGGAUAUUAGAAAUGAAGUGGACACGUUUUUGUUUGCAGGACAUGACACAACCACCAGUGGCACGGCCUGGACACUGUACCAUCUGUCUCAACACCCGGAAUACCAAGAAAAAAUCUAUGAAGAGGUUGUAGGGAUUCUGGACGGGAGAGAGAAUAUCACCUGGGACGAUAUACACAGCAUGGAGUUCACGACCAUGUGUAUUAAAGAAGGCAUCCGGUUGGAUACAACUGUUCCCCUCAUUCAGAGGGAUCUGCUGGAAGAUACGGAGAUCGUUGGUCAUGUCAUACCUGCAGGAACUACCGUUUGCAUUCACCUCUACAAUCUUCACAUCAACCCCACGGUGUGGGACAAGCCCAGGCAGUACAUGCCGGAGCGAUUCCACCCAGACAAGAUUCACCAGAUGGAUCCAUUCCAGUACAUCCCCUUCUCCGCUGGUAGCAGAAACUGCAUCGGCCAACACUUUGCCAUGAAUGAAAUGAAACUGACUGUUGCCAAUAUUAUCAGAAACUUCAAACUGGCUUGUGACGUCUCCAAACCUGCACGGCGGUUUCUAACUCCCACACUGAAGACGGAAUCUGGUAUGAUGGUCUACGCCGAGCCCCGGGUCAAGUAG